AUCACAUGCGAACAACUUACAGCUGUAUCAAUGCGACUGAAGCCCAAAUCUGCAGGUUUGAGCGUCUUGCUGAGACUAUAGGUCGUUGUCGCGAUGACUGAUGGCUGCAGACCAUGUGUUUUUAUCUGGGCUGUGUUACUGCUGCUGCCCUCAGCCGUCAUGGCGUACAGACCAGUGAUUAUAGUUCACGGGCUAUUAGAUGGACCUGCACAGUUUGAGGUGUUGACCAAUUUUAUUAACGAGUCUCAUCCAGGUACCAGUGUGACCACAAUAGCUCUGUAUGACUACACUGCCAGUGUGAAGCCAAUGUGGGAACAGGUAGAAGGAUUUAAAGAAGCCAUCACUCCCAUUAUGGAGAGCGCUGAAGAUGGCGUCCAUCUCAUCUGCUUUUCACAAGGUGGUUUGAUCUGUCGAGGAGUUCUUGCUACCCUUCCUCAUCACAAUGUUCGCUCUCUGGUAUUCCUGUCUUCACCACUAGCUGGCCAGUAUGGAGAUUCAAAUUAUUUUAAACACUUUUUCCCUAUAUUCAUCAAGUCAAGACUGUACCAUGUUUGUUAUACUUCAUUUGGACAAAAAAUAUCCAUCUGCAACUACUGGAAUGAUCCACAUCAAAGAGAGAGAUACUUGAAGACCAGCGUCUUUCUGGCCCCGCUGAAUGGUGAAGUAAACCAUGAUAACUCAACAGAGUGGCGCAACCAUUUUCUACACAUAGAGAAGCUGGUUUUGAUCGGUGGACCAGAUGAUGGCGUAAUUACACCAUGGCAGUCAAGCAUGUUUGGGUUUUACGACAGUGACGAAACGGUGAUCGAUAUGGAAUAUCAGGAUUAUUAUGCAAGUGAUGCCUUUGGCCUGAAAACACUGAACUCAGAAGGUGCCGUGGAGAAGUGUGUCAUCUCUGGUGUUAAACAUACGUCCUGGCAUUCAGACUACAAUGUCUACCAGAAGUGCAUAGAGAAGUGGCUCACAUAAUCUACAGAAAAAAAUAAAAUAAAAUCAUUUCUUAAGCACAA